AAGCACUUCCUCAGAAAAAAAAAAGUUCACACUCACAAGCUCAGAUGCCACCACAAGUUGAGUCUCUGAACGUCUUAGUACUUGUCGAGGGACCUUUUGGGAAUAUACAGGGAAAUAAGAGCAGCAAUAAGGACAUUUUCUCAUGACUCUUCAUUUACUUUUGAAUAAUUUUUGCGCGCUAUCUCUGUCUUAUAGUUCCAAAUGAACAGAUGUUUUUCGUUGCACUCCGGUCAACCAGAGCAAGAAAAGGACUGUUAACCUUUGAGAUUCCGACUUUAGAGUUUCCCAAUUAUGCAGAAACGGAUUACAGGCUGAUUUAUUUCAUGCGCUUGGCACGUUUAGAGGCUCUUGGAUGAAUGCGUAAAAGCGCACAGCGGACUCGCAAAUUACCCUCACAGCUCAUCCUUGUUCUUUAAUCGUUUGCUGUAAAGUGUUGUAAGUUGUUGGGACUGUUGACAGACACUGCGUGAACAACAGCUGUCAAACUCAUGGGACCCUCCUGCACACCCGCGGGCAACCAAGUCCCGUGAGGUUCCUACUGCGCAUGUCAGAGCGCUGGACAGCUCCGGAGAGGGAAAUUUAAAAACGGUUUUUUUGAGGAGAAUCGAGUGCAGCACAGUGGAAUACAGUACUGGGGAGUUUGGGAGCGGCUGUCACGCUUUUUAGUUUCAACCAAAGCAGGAAUAAGCCUCCACACAUCCUAGGAAAUGAUAGAAGGUGGAAUAACUCCCAGGAUGUCAGGAAUAAUUGAGAAUGCUGGGCAUCAUCCAUCCCCACAGGACUACAGGCUUCUGACCACAGACCCCUCCCAGCUGCGGGUGGAGGACCUCCCCGGGGACCUUCAGUCUCUGUCAUGGCUCACCUCUGUGGAUGUGCCCCGGCUACAGCAGAUGGCUGAUAGCAGAGGCCACAGUAACGGCCCCCCCUCCCAGGGUAGCUUGCUAGAGCAACAAACAGUUCAACUGAGCAGUAUGACCAUACCAGUGAGCCAAGCCUCCAUUCUCCACCUGCAGAGUAACAUGCAGCACAGUCCUUUGGGGAUGAGCAUCACCAGCAACCACCCUGGAAGUAUGUCUCCAUUCUCCAUGAAUGGACUUCCCUCCCCAGGGUAUCAGUGCCCAACCUCAGUUUAUCAGGCAACACCACAACAGGUGUACUCUCUAACACAAACUGGACAACAGUGUUCAACGGCUGGGCUUUAUAGCAAUGUCUCUUUUAACAACCAAAGUCUGUUCACACAACCUCGCCUGGCACCACAGGAGCGGGAGCUGCAGCCCAAGUCUUUUCCCAAACCGAUCUACUCUUACAGUUGUUUAAUUGCCAUGGCACUGAAGAACAGCAAAACUGGCAGCCUUCCAGUCAGUGAGAUUUAUAGCUUUAUGAAGGAACACUUUCCUUAUUUCAAGACUGCACCUGAUGGAUGGAAGAAUUCGGUCAGACACAACCUCUCCUUGAACAAAUGCUUUGAGAAGGUGGAGAACAAGACAAGCAACUCAUCCCGCAAGGGCUGUCUAUGGGCACUGAACCCUGCCAAAAUUGACAAGAUGGAAGAAGAGAUGCAGAAGUGGAAACGCAAGGACCUCCCAGCUAUUCGGCGCAGCAUGGCCAACCCCGACGAGUUGGACAAACUCAUCACAGACCGUCCAGAGAGCUGCAGGCGUAAGGCUUUAGAGCCUGGUAUGACCCGGCUGGCUGGUUGCCCAAGUGGCCUACCGCUGGCAGUGCCGGCUCAGAUGCAGUCCCAGCCCAUAGUCACUCUGUCCCUGCCCUGUUUGUCCAUGCAACAACACCACCAACUCCAGGCUCAGCUGCAGGCUCAGGCUCGGCUGACCCCCAUGUCGCCUGCCCCAGCCCAGACACCUCCCCUCCACUCGGUCCCUGACCUUUGCCACAGUCCGCUCGCACAGCAGCCCAGCAAGCCUCCGGAGAAUUUUUACAGUCUGCACAGCGAUGCAAACACAGAGGUGGAUGCAUUGGACCCCAGCAUCAUGGACUUCGCCCUUCAAGGUAAUUUGUGGGAAGAAAUGAAAGACGACAGCUUUAACCUGGAUGCUUUGGGGACCUUCAGUAACUCCCCCCUCCGAUUAUCAGACUGUGACUUGGGAACGGCCGCUCUCCCUCCUGCAUCCAGUGGAGCAAAUCUGCCGUUGUCAGAGGUGCAAGUGUCAGGGCUCUACACCUCCUACACCUCCCAGGAUCCCUUGUAUUCUCAGUACAUGGGUGCCCCGGCCAACAGCAAGCCCAUUGCCCUGCUUUAAAGAAGCCAUUUCUUCAGAGAUUUGACGAUUUCAUCUUUGGGUCUGGACUUUUGUGCCAUUAAAAACCUGGAGGAUCAUUCCAAAAAAACUGGGAUUUGUUUAAGCCUGCUGGAGAAAUCCCCACAAAGAAACGAUGAAUUAAGUGGAGGCUGGAAUAACUAAAUAAAACAAGCUAUAUAUUGAUUUGCCAAGGAAAAACUCAAAGCCAGUGUUGGUGGAAAGACCGCAGAGAGUUAGGUGUUUGUUAGCACUCACCCAUUCUUCCAACUCUCCAUUUUGUGCUGAAAGCCUUUCCUUAAUGUAGUUCCCAAUCUUUUGUUUGCUGUAUUGUGCUAGAAAUUAUUGAUGUGAUGUUUUAUUUAUAUUUAUAAAAGGCAGCUAGAGAAGGUGAUGACCACAUCAAUCUUUUGCUGUAUAUAUUUGAAUUCCGAGUCUUCUAUAACCACAGAUUUCUUUUUUUAUUGGAUCUAUUCAUUUAUAAACCAUUCCGCUGUUACACACUUCUUUUCUACUCACUGUGAUUGACACGUCUGAGGGUCAGAUGUGUGUCUUAUUCAUGUGAACACAAUAAAAAUGGGUCAACGAAAGAAGCUUCUUAAUAUUUAUUAAAAUCAAUGGCAAAAAGUUAUAAACACCUCUUUGUAAAAUAUAAAGUACUCAAAGUAGUUAAAAUACAUUUGAAUGAAAUAUCAGUAUUUGAUCACAAAUAUGGCAAAUCAAGACAUUGCUUGAGGCCCCACUUAGGCAACUAUUGGUGAUGAAACAUUGAAAGUUUUUGAAGCUUUUCACCAAACAAAAACAAGAAAAAUGACAACAAAAUAAAUGCUAAGGAGUUUCAAAUAGUGCCAUUCUUUCCGUACAAUUAUCUUAAGCUCAUAACAAAAUUUACAGCAAUAAUAAACGAGAGUGAAAAUGAUGCUGGAGGGAACCGAUCGAGAUGCCCGAGAAAAAAAAACCUUUUCAGACAUGCAAACACAACGGUUUAACAUAUUGAGAACUGUAGAUCUAGUCUUACUAGAAAGUAUCUCUAAUAGACAAGUCAUUUCAAAACAUUUUUUUACUAAAGAUAUUCAGAGAGACUUAAGAUCAGCGAGUUUAAGAUUUAGCAUUUCAUGUUAAAUCUUGAAGAUUAUACCUGGCACUUAAAAUCAAGAGUCCCAUUUAAUGAAAGCUGUUUUUUUUUGCCCCGGUAGACUCCACAGGGUUCAAAUUUAACACCGACUCCUGUUGUGCAGAAACAAAGUGAAAAUGUGCAUUACAGUGAUAACGUGAAAUAAAACAAAAAAAACAGGUUCCUUAAGCUGAUACUCAACUUCAAGAUCCUUUCAUUUCAUGUCGACAAACACA